UGGCAGUCGCAGGCGAGGGAGAGGGCCAGGACAUCCGACCUCGAUCUCUAUUUGGACCUGUCCCUAGACCUCGACGUCACUCCGGCACUUCAAUCGACCCCACAGCGACAGCCACAAAAAUCACCAGAGUCGCCACACACACGACCGCCCAAAAUGCUUUCGGCGACGAUGCGAUCAACCCUCACACAGGCCCUGCGCCAAUGCGCACGCGGACAGCCGCCCAGGGCGCUUCCCUCACGUGUUGCCCUCGUCCGCCACAGUUUCUUGGUUGCUCCCAGCUACAAGGCGAGGGUCGCCGUGCGCGGCUUCGCAACGGCCACCGCAAGCAAGACCACGGGCCGUACCGCCGCGAAGCCCGCGACAAAGAAAAAGGCCACGACAAAGACAAAGGCCGCGCCCAAGGCCAAGGCCAAGGCCACGGCGACAAAGGCCAAGAAGGCCACGAAGGCGCCGGCCAAAAAGAAGGCUGUCGCAAAGCCGAAGAAACCGGUCGCCAGGAAGAAUGCAAUGAGUCCGGAGAAAAAAGAGCUCUUGGUGAAGCGUGAGCUAAAGAAGGUGGCCUUGAUGUUCAAGGAGCCCAAGCAACUGCCUGCGUCCCCAUGGCUGCUCUACGUCAGCAACGCUCUGAAGGGCCAGCCGUCCGCCGGGCUCUCCGACACGCACCAAAAAUUGCGAGCACUCUCCGCUGACUUCAAGGCCCUAUCGCCUGCGGAGAUGGAGCGUUUGGAUGAGACUGUAGCGCAGAACAAGGCCAUCAAUGCGGGCAACUUCAAGACCUGGGUCGAGAGCCAUUCUCCUGUCGAGAUUGAGCAGGCGAACAAGGCCCGCAGGCGCCUCAAGCGUGAAUUCAACACAAAGGCUUCUCCCUUGAAGCUUCAUGACGAUCGUCUCCCCAAGCGUCCUUCGAACAACGCAUACUGCUACUUCAUCAAGGCCAGGCACAGCGGAGCUGGCUUGUCGAGAGAGCUGGCCUCGCAGUGGAAAACCCUCUCCGCCGCUGAGAAGAAGCCGUACCAGGACUUGGCGGUUGCCGAAUUCACCAAGUACAAGCAGGAGAUGGACAAGAUCCGCUCGGCCUAAAAAGAGUGACAGACGGGAUCAGUCCCACUGACCUGGCGUAUUUGUAAGGCACUCGGCGGGAAAAGGAAUGGUUCUCUCUCUCUCUUUCUCUAUUUUUUUUUUUUUUUUGGUACGGGGUUCUGGCAACUGUACGUUUAUGUUAGUUAUCCUUUGAUUCCCCCGAGGCGGUUCGGUGUGUCCUUCGUGCGGUACACAACUGUUGGUGAGAGUAUUUUAGGACUGUCUGUAGCUUCGGCAAUGUCAAAUGCUUCCAGCACCAGUUUUCCGGACACGGCUUAUCUGAUUGGGCUGCUAGCCUGUAGACGCCGUCCUUUCGUCAUCAUUCAAGCGGCCAUGGCGACUUGGCCUCGGUCAUCACUGCCAUUGUUGUGUCGAAGGGGUUUGCAAAGCAAGCAGGUCUUUCAAGUCCCAAAUCACUCCACUUCAUGCGAUCCUGGGUAUGUAUGGCGAGGCCUCAACGAUGCUCCAAUACAACUGCACAUGACCAAACCAGACAAAACAAUUCCUAGUCUAGGGAUUCAAUCCAAUCUCAACCGGACUUUGAUCGAGUCCCUCUAGGGCCAACCACGAUUAAGACGUCCCCGGCCGCGCCGUAGAACUUGGUCUCCACGAACUUGAGCUUCCUGUAGCUGGCCACAUACAGGAGGGUGUAGAGCUCCGCGGCGAUGUGCUCCCAGCCAUAGAGCCUGAUCCAGCCCCACGACUCGUCGCGACAUGCCCUGGUGCCCCAUCCUGCCUUGCUGUCCCGGCGGAUAAAAUUCCCGAGGAAGCCCCACGCCUUGACCUUUUCCUCGAAUUCCCAGCCGUCCAGCCCCAUAAGCCAGUAACCCCUCUCAAAGGGGCGCAUUUCCCGGGCCUGGAAUUCCGGCCUGUACUUCUUAUCCAUCUGCAUGCUCGUCGCCAGUUUCUCCAAGUGCUGGGGAGCCCUAGGCCCCAGGCGGUUGUUCGCUGCGGCUGGUUCGUGUGAGACCAGCUGGGUUUCGUGGGCCCAAUCACUGGUGGCAAGCAGAACAGCAAGCUGCUUCCCGCUCAGAGUGUCAGCUUUCGCUGCCUGUUGAGCCUCUGGCUUAUCAGCCAGAGCAGGGCAUUGGAGCCCAUGGUCCGCGGCACAAGCCUCUGUAACCUCUUGGACACUAAGCACAGUCUUGACAGGACCUGGGCUCUGAGGCGCCCGGCUGCGUGGCCGUCGAGUAGAUGGACUCGAAUCAAGCGCCGACUCACAGCCCAGCAAGCUGUCUAAAUCAGCUGCAUGUGAGGGUGUGCUGUGGACGGCGUUUCUCCCAACCUCGACUGCCUCGCUAGAACGUCCACCAGAUGAGAGCAAGGGCGGCUCGGUGGAUUGGAGGAAGUAAUUCAGUAUCCUUGUGGGCGUGUUGAAGGCAGGCGCUCUGAUAUCAUUAUCCGGCAUAGAAUCCGGAAUUUCGCUCGGGGGGGCAACCCACGAGUGUUGGGUGUCAUCAUCGAGUUGAGAUGAUACAGCAGGCACAGAGGGUUGUAUGCCUGGCAACUCUGCUGACGGCUGGAUUGCUCGUGCCAGGCGGGGUGAGCCGAUAUUAUCCCAUACGCUUCCGAAUGAUGCUUGCGGGGAGAUGAACUUAUUGUCGGAAGGGACAGCCCUGGAAUUCGAAGUAGAGCCCUGGGGAAGAGGGACGGUCCGCUCUGGCUCGAAGUCUAGGUAGGCCUGGGCAAGCGCUCGGUAUUUGACAUCGUCUGCUGCGGCACUUGGUGCAGUGAUGUGCACCAGGAUCUCAGUGCCGUCUUUACUCCUCCCCAUAGCUGUUGACUGCACUGGUCGGCUGGUGCGAGAUCUCCAUUGGGUGCGGCCUUGUUUCCUUUUCCUUUUUCUUGUUUCUCAAAUCUGGACAAUACCAAGUAUGAGUCUGAUGGAAGUGACAAAGGUCAAAUUCUCCAUUCACGUAGUGCAGUGUUGCUUGACUUUAAC